AACGCGAGCGUGAAGAGGCUCAGGCAGAUGCCGAAAAGUCCAAGAAGAAACCAUCCAAAGCAGAGAAGUCCAAGCUCAAGGCAAAGGACAAAGGCAAGGACAAGGACAAGAGCCUGGACGUGGGCGGCGACGACGAUGACUUCAAAGGCAUUGAUUUGACGACCGACGAGAUCGAGGAGCUACUAUCGGAGCUACCACCUCAUGACAAGGCCAUGGACAAGACUGGAGACAAGGACGCGGCUUCUGGAUUCAACUCCACUCGGCCCAAUGCGCUACGAGAUGACAGGGGCGCGCCUGCUGCUGCAGAUCCGUUCAGCUUCUGGGGCGCGGCUAAGAAACCAAGCUCCAAGGCAGCCAAAGUUCUGGAAGCUGCCACCUUAGGCGCGAUUGGCGCUGGGAUUGGUGCCUUCGCCGCCACCGAGGUGUGGAAGGCCACUUCACCGUCGUCCACCGACGCAGCAAAGCCCACAAAGUCAAAGAAGGCCGUUGGCGGCAAGAUUGCAGACAGACUGCGUGCUUUUGAGCCCCUCAAUGACGACGACAGCUACAGCGGUGGUGACUAUGACAACGAAGACCACGGCGCACGGUUUCAGGGGGAAGAACCGUUGCCCCGGCCUCCUUCGCCGCCACCCGCCGCUGCCGUUGCGCCACCAAAGGAAGAUAGAAAGAAGGGCAAGAAGUCCAAGGACAAGAACCAGGGUUUCAUUGUCGACUACCCCUCACCUAACCCUAAUCCUCCCCCUCCGGCACCCGCUCGUGCUUCUGCUUCUGCUCUCCCGUCGUAUGUUCGCAAGGCGGCACCCAGAUCUGGCCUCCCCGGUGCUUUCCCCCUCGACGACGAAGACGACGACGGUCAUAACACAUCCAGCUUUGACCAUGACGAGAUAGUAGACAUGGCAGCCGCCAAGAAAGCCGCCAGGAGGUCCAAGAAGGUCUCGGCGUCCCCCGAAGCCGUCGAUGUACCGCCGCCUGCGCCGCCGCCACCGCCCGCCGUUCCCGAGGGGCCUCCGGCUCCUGUGGUAGAUGUCAGGUCGUCCAAGAAGGACCGUCCAAAGAUCAACCGCGAGGGUCCGUCAUGGGGCAUGUGGACUGCAACCCCAACCAAGGAUCCCAAGAAGUCAUCCAAGUCCAAGCCUGAGAAAGAUCCAAGUGCCAAAAAGAAGACGUCUUCAACCGAAAAGGCCGAGAAACCACCAUCCAAGUCUUUAGUCCCAGACAGGAUAGAGAAACUGCGUACCAGAGAGCCAGCCACACCAUCACGGCUCCCGAGCGUGUUCACAAGCACGCCACCCUUGUCGCGCUCUCUGUCCAGUCGCGAGAAGCGCAACGCCGCCAGUGGCAAGUCAAGCUCACGCAGGCAAUCUGUGGAUAUGACGGCCGGUAUCUCCAACCCUCCGUCCGAGACCGUGCCGGAAAUGUCUGCCAAAGCCGCCAAGGUCCUUGGUGUGGGCACCGCAAAGUCAAACAGCAGACGUAGCAAAAAGCCUUUCGACGAGGAUGAUGACAUUGUCAUGGUCGCUUCUACCGAUGCUGGCCCUGUGCCGGGGUCGUCGGAACGUCGGAAGUCAAAGUAUCCACGAGACGAUGACAUUGUCAUGGUCGACAUGGCAGACGCAACCCCCUCCCGCCCUCCUCUGAAACGCUCUAACUCGAGCGCCAAGAAAUCAUCUGGGUUCUCCUCUCUUUUCGGUGGCGUGUUCACACCGUCAAAGCCAGAACCCCGGCCUCGCAAUACAUACAUGGCCACUGACGAUGAAGGAGAAAGGCGGGCCGAUGAUACGCCGCCAGUCACAGAUGCUGAACGAGAAGCCCGCCGCGCUGCCCGCCGCGCCCGUCGAGCCGAGAAGGAGGCUGCAAACAAGGCUGCCGCCGAAAAGUCUGCCGCCGAGGCUCGCCGCGUUAAGGACGAAGCUCGCCGUGAGCGCCGCCGGAGACAAGAGGAGGACGAAGAGGCACGGAGGCAGGAAGAGAAGGAAGCUCGUCGUGCCGAGCGGCGGGCCCAACGUGCCCGAGAGGAAGCUGAUCGGCGCGCUGCUGAUCAAAAGGAGGCCGAGCGUGCCGAGCGUGCCGAGCGUGCCGAGCGCCGAAGGCUGCGCACUGAGCGCGAGGCAGGUGAUGGGGUGGCCGAUCCACGCCGUGCCGCCAAGCUUGAUCGACGUCGAAGCCAGAAUCCCGAACAGUCGGAUCAGGAAGGCGACGAGGAACGUUACCGUCGCCGAGAAGCCCGACGCGCAGCCAGAGGGGCUGAAGACAGGGAUAAGGAACGGAGCUCACGGCGAAGGUCCGAGCCCAUCGAUGACUAUGUAUAUCCAAGCAGGUCUCGCGAAAAGACCGGGUCCUGGCCCCAUUCGGGUACGUCAUCGUGGGUCAAGGACCAUUCCGAUGCACCGCCGCCUCCGGCUGAUAAUUCCGGUGACCCCGGUGGUGCUCCACCCGACGCUCCCGACAACGAAGAGGCACGGCAAGAAGCCCGCAGAGCCAGGCAUCGCUCCAAGUUUGCCGAGGCUGGCGGCACCGGUGCGGAAGAUUACGACGAGGAACGACGGCGGAGGAGACGCCGAGAGGAGAGGGAACGCCGCACCGGUUCCGACGGGAGCGAUGGCCGACGCGACAGCCGACGUAAUUCCAUGUUUAUGGACACAACCCCGCGGAGCAGCUGGUGGAAGAAGCUGACGGGGAACUGACAUCGCAUUUUUGUAGUAAGAUAUCCCAACCCAGCAUUCUAGAAUGGAUUUGACAUGUAGUAUUAUACAUGGUCCCGGGCGCCGGGUGUUCAAAAGGCGGAAUGUGCUGCAUUUGGUCAGCUGCUUGUAGUUGUUAAGAUUUUUUGUUGUGUCGGAGCUGGGAUUCGCGCAAAUUGCAUCUGUAUCCAUGUCAUUUUGGAUAGACUUAGCAAUCC